UGUGACGCUUCGACAUCAACAGGUUUAUCAAGGGUAUAGCAGUAUAGGUCUCCGACCUUUAUAUGGACUAACCUUUCCGAAAAGGAUUCGACUUUGCAGCGUCACCGACUUUGGAGUGCAGGGUUCCAUCAUGUCUUACCCAUAUCCUUCGCACUUUCUUCCCCUCGGUUCCGACAUGGAGGUUCCCAAUUCUGGCUUCGCGCCUAGCUACGACGCACCAGGCUCAGGCCAAGCAUCGAUGGACCAGGGGACCCGCGAGCCAACAGACCAGGAGCGUAGAGAUUCCAUCUUACAGGCCAACAUCUCUGAUUCAAGUCAGUCUGGACAAGCUGGGGAUAAGAAGAGGAACAAGCUGGGCUAUCACCGGACCUCGGUAGCUUGUGGACAUUGCCGCAGGCGGAAAAUUCGGUGCAUAAUGUCAGAGGUACAAGGUGAUGGCCGAUGUAGGAACUGCAUCAGGUUGAAGAAGGACUGUAGCUUCUUUCCUGUAGACCAGGCGCCGUCUCAAAUGACUGAAGCAAAGCCCAAAGCGCAACCUAGACCUGCCGGAGGAUCUAACACCGCUUCCGCAUCGUCUUCUCCCGUUGUACUUCCUGGACAAGCCCCAGAAGGAUCCCAACACUAUCAGCACCAUCAAGGAGGAGUUCUGCCCUCGCCACAAAACGUACUACCGACAACUAUCCAGACUUCUGCAGCCGGAAAUCUUGGUCAGGACCCCACAGUGCCUGUAUCGAGCACUACAACGUCUUCUCAGCCCUACGAUUUUGCGAAUCCCCAAAUCACGAACUGGGCAUCACCAGAUAUUAGUUCCAACUAUGCAACAAAGUCAGGUGACUUGAGAGAAACGAAGAAGCCUUACGCUGAACAGUCCCCGAUUACUCCGUCUCCGUCUUUCUCGCCGUAUACGUCUCAAGCCCCACCGUCGGCCAGCUGGAGCAAUGCAGACAUCAAUGCUCAAAACAAUAUGGGUUACUCGUCAUUCACAAUAGGGAACCCUAUGGCAUACCCAAGAGGCACACAGAUACCUACACAAUACCCCACGAUGUCACAGCAGGGCCGGCAAUUCCCCAGAAGGUCUUCGACGGUGAUGACGACUGACAUGUACACGAACCCGAUUGCGACAAGUUUCCCAACUAUGGACCCGCACACUGUUUCCAUGUCUGCAGGUGCCAACCCGCCUUCAGGUUACGGUACUUGGCCACAGCAACAGCAGCAGCAGCAACAGCCCCCCUACGGCUAUCCUAGGCCAUCCGAGGGAUACGACACUUGGACGGCUUAUGACAACAGUAGCGGGAGGUAGGCACUUCCUAGCCACAAUCGUGCUACAUCAUCAACGGAAAACCCUGGGAAACCCGGUUCCAGACAUCCUUCUUCUGCUUCAAACUCUACCGAAGUUGGCAUACCGCAUAAAGGAGACGCGACGGACCCCAUGGCCGAGAAAAGAGAGAAGAACGAGGAAAACAGAACACCCUAAGCAAACAAGAGGCUAAGUAGAAAAGAUAGGAAAGUAGUUCAAUUUCAUGUGAAACCGGAAAAGAUAUGCCAAACGGUAGCCUUAACCGCCCUGGAACGAAGUCGUGUCUCGGAUGCAGCAGUUGUCGAAUUGGAGCGGCGCAAAGUACUCGAAAACAGGGGCGAAUACCAGAACGAGAAACGACAGAAAGAAAUCAAUGGGGGUUUGGGGGAUUUCAAAAGCAAUAGCAACCAUAUGCCCCAUUUUCAAGCGAGGAGCAAGGGACACUGCCAUGCCGAUGACGGCUCUGCAACGCCGGGAUCGCACGAAACGUGUUGCUGGCAGACGUCAGAUUUAAGUGCAAGCACAUCGCGGAAGGAAUGUUGCGGGGCCCCGAGCGCAAGGCGCAUGGCCGAUGCCGAGCAAGCGGGGAGGGGGAGGUGCCUACUUAUACCUAGGCGGAAUACGAGGUCACUUUUUGUCUCGGGAACGCACCGUGAGACGGGAGGUUCGGGCCGGGCGCGGUGAUCCGCAGCGCCGUACAGUCGGACGAAGAGUCUUUCCUUUUCUUUUCGUGUUUAUAUUGGAAGCGAGCAUUGAGGAGCUAUGGGAAGUACAGAAGCAAUGGCAAGUGGAUGAGAAAGGACUCGAAAACAAAAAGGGGAGGGAUCGCAUUCGUCGGGUCUGGAGACGCACGCACAUUCUAUACCACCGGCGUCAUCAUGACGCUUACCUGUUGCUCGCCUUUAGUUGCUUCCUCUUUUGUUUCCUCUUCUUCACUUCAACAAAUCUCCUUCGAUUCAUAGUUCAACAUUCUUAUCAUACAGCCGUUUUGGUUUCUUUGCCCUUCUUUUCUCUCGAGCGCGCCCUUUGUCAGUACAUAGAAUCCCUGGCCUCUGAGAACUUGGGAAUGGCGAAUACUCCAAUCCAGAUUUUGGUAUUGAGCCCAU